AUGGAAAGCUGUGCAGAUCGAUAUGUCCACUACCUCGCAGAGCAGUUAACGCCUAUUGCCAUGAACACUGAAGAGAUCCGAGAACACUCGAAAACUGAUCCCGAAUUGAUUCAAGUUCGACAAUGCAUCGAGAACAACCAAGCCCAUAAGCUUCCACCACAAUACAAACCCCUUGAGCAAGAAUUGAGCAUCGCAGACAAUAUCAUACUACGUGGCAAUCGAAUUAUCCUGCCAACAAAAUUGCGAAGCAAAGCAAUCAAAUUAGCACACGAGGAUCAUGCGG